AUGUGCCUUAACCACUCAGCUUUCUCGAGCUCAGAUUCAGUAUUGGGUAUUUCUUUUUUUCUCAGUAUAAGUAGAUCCGUUCUUCCUAGCAGAUGUUGUGUACGUUGCUGUAUUGUUAACUGCCCAACCUGGAACUUAUCGCGGAAAGAACCGAGCCCAAACGGGACGGGGAUUGCUUGUUUGGACAGAGUGACCGGACUUGAGAGAGCCCACUACUCCAAAGACAUUACCAUGUUUGUUAUUGAGGUGAAUAUCGGUAGCUCCGUCUGUGCCAUUUUUCUUCGGACUGGAAGGGACAAAGGUCAACCUAGCUUCGACCAGAUUACGACGGAGGGGAUGCCAAGCUCAAAGGUCACGUGGGCAUCGGCGAAUGGGGAUACAGGACAACGGAGCAACCAAUGGAAUCACCCGACCGAACAACUAAUCGCGACCAAAGGUCAUCCCCUGCUAGCAGCACGUAUAUUAACACACGCACAACACUACCCAACGCACAACCACCAACCCACCGCUACGCACUACUACGCUCCACAAUAA